UUUAAACAUCCUCUAACAAAAGCAGUCGUGAUAUAUUGCAUGACGAAAAGAUUUCAAACAGAUAAGCUUCGUAAGUAACCAAAAGCACAGGAGGGGGUCGUCUAGAAUUAGCUCAGCACAGCCAUCCCCCAUCGAAGGAUUAUAUGGUCGAUAAGACUGAUAAAGAGUUAAGACAGUGAUUUUAUUAUCUGAAAGAAUUGUGUGUUAUUUGUGACAAUGUGCAGACAUUUCACCGUGGUGCAGUUUUAGAGCUUUUUUUAGUUCUUCAGCAUUUGAAGGGUAACUAACAUUAUGUUUAUAUGUCUAUGCUAGCAUAGUAGUUUUAUUGAUUUUCCAAAGUGCCAUUGGGUGCACUGCACGAUAUUUGGCUCUACCUAGGCCUAGUACAGGCUUAGAUGACAUCACUUGACCUAGUACAGGCUUAGAUGACAUCAUUUGACCUAUUACAGGCUUAAUGACAUCAAUAGACCUAGUCAGCCUUAGGAGAUAUCACUUGGCCUAGUACAUGCUUAGAUGACAUCACUUGACCUAGUACAGGCUUAGAUGACAUCACGUGACCUAGUACAGGCUUAGAUGACAUCACAUGAUCUAUUACAGGCUUAAUGACAUCAAUAGACUUAGUCAGCCUUAGGAGAUAUCACUUGACCUAGUACAUGCUUAGAAGAUGUCACUUGACCUAGUACAGGCUUAGAUGACAGUACAUGACCUAUUACAGGCUUAAUGACAUCAGUAGACUUAGUCAGCCUUAGAAAAUAUCAAUUGACCUAUUACAGGCUUAGAUGACAUCACGUGACCUAGUACAGGCUUAGAUGACAUCACAUGAUCUAUUACAGGCUUAAUGACAUCAGUAGACCUAGUCAACCUUAGAAAAUAUCACUUUACCUAGUACAGGCUUAGAUGACAUCACUUGACCUAGUACAUGCCUAAUGACAUCACUAGACCUAUUACAGGCUUAGAUGACAUCACUUGACCUAGUACAUGCUAAGAUGACUAAACUAGGACAAGUGCAUGCUAAGAUGACAACACUAGAUCAAGUACAUGCUAAGAUGACAUCACUUGACCCAGUACAUGCUAAGAUGACUUCACGAGACGUAGUGCAGGCUUAGAUGCUAUUACUUGAACUUAAAGUUAUGAAUUAUGUUGAACUCAUUUAGUUAUAUGAAAUAAUUCUGUGAACGCCGACCUCUUGAUUUGUGAUGAUGACGCUGUGUGUGACAGGGUGAACUCUCCUUUUUUCUCUCUAUUUUCUACCUUACAUAUUAAUGACUAAUUGCCCAUUCCCCCCACCCCCCACCCCAAAAUGAAUUUGAAGGUUUUAUUUAAAUUGAUUCGUACUGUGGCACCUCCAGAGUUAAAUAACUUAACAAGGCGACCCAGUUUUGGUUUGCCCCCCCCCCGGCCACUUGAAACAACCCGAAAUGACACCCUUGCGCUGACCCCUGACAUUUGUGUAAGUCACCCUGUCAUUUUUGGCUUCUUUCAAUUGGAAAAACCGUGUCAUCUUUUCAAGUCCCCUAGUCAAAAAUAUGGGACCCAUCGUUGUCCAAAUGGUUGACUACAUUGUGGGACCCAUCGUUGUCCAAAUGGUUGACUACAUUGCGGGUCCCAUCGUUGUCCAAAUGGUUGACUACAUUGUGGGACCCAUCGUUGUCCAAAUGGUUGACUACAUUGCGGGUCCCAUCGUUGUCCAAAUGGUUGACUACAUUGUGGGACCCAUCGUUGUCCAAAUGGUUGACUACAUUGCGGGUCCCAUCGUUUUCCAAAUGGUUGACUACAUUGUGGGACCCAUCGUUGUCCAAAUGGUUGACUACAUUGUGGGACCCAUCGUUGUCCAAAUGGUUGACUACAUUGUGGGACCCAUCGUUGUCCAAAUGGUUGACUACAUUGUGGGACCCAUCGUUGUCCAAAUGGUUGACUACAUUGUGGGACCCAUCGUUGUCCAAAUGGUUGACUACAUUGUGGGACCCAUCGUUGUCCAAAUGGUUGACUACAUUGUGGGACCCAUCGUUGUCCAAAUGGUUGACUACAUUGUGGGACCCAUCGUUGUCCAAAUGGUUGACUCCAUUGUGGGACCCAUCGUUGUCCAAAUGGUUGACUACAUUGUGGGACCCAUCGUUGUCCAAAUGGUUGACUACAUUAUGGGACCCAUCGUUGUCCAAAUGGUUGACUACAUUGUGGGACCCAUCGUUGUCCAAAUGGUUGACUCCAUUUCGCGUAUGUCUUUGUGCCAUCCCAUGAAUAUGUGCUGGCAUCGCCCCUAGAUGUCAUUAUGUCAUUUUAUCUUAUGUUAUAUCAAGUAUAAAGUAUCACUAUUAUUUAAUGGAUUUAGGCCAAAAUACAUAUUUUAAAAAAAUCAGGGUCGUGCUAAGGGAGGGGCGAAGAGUACACCCGCCUCGGGGGCAGGGGGUCAACAUCAGGGGGCGCCAAAAUAAACCUAAUAUGUCCACAUGUGUCUGUGUGUAGUGAUUGCAUGCCAUUUAUUUAUAAAACGAUGAGGCGCCAUUUCGAGACUUGGUCCCGGGCGCAAAUGUUCCUUCCCAUGGACCUCUUGACCAUAAGACUUAGUCAUGUGAUUGGACUGUGGACGUGUCCAAAUGACAAGUCCUUCACCGGUAAUGAAAGCCACACCCUCGCAACAAAAACAAAUACCCACCUGACCUAUGUUAAUGCUUAAGUCUGAGUAAUCAACGCGGAAAAGGUCAAAGUUGAAAGGUUUUAUUUACUUAUGAAAAGCAUGAGAAAGACAUCAACUUUUAGCUUAGAAGUUUAAAUCAAACCAAUAUUGUUGUUUUGUUUUAUUUGUUGUUUUUAUUUUUUGUUUUGUUUUGUUUUUUUUUUGUUUUUUUGGUGGGGGGUUGUUGUUGUUAUUUAUUUAUUUAUUUUUUUGGGGGGGAGGGUGGUUGGGGGCGUGUUAAAUUACAUUUAAAAUUAAAAGAAAAAUAUUGACUGUCAGAAAGAGGUUUUAACAUUUAAUGCCCAGAUGAUCUAGAUCUAUGCCAAGUAACGUUUUCCUGAUUUUAAUCUGCGGACUGACACAUCAUACAAUAGGUGCACUGCGGACUGCCACAUCGUAAAGUAGGUGCACUGUGGGCUGAGACACAUCGUACAGUAGGUGCACUGCGGACUGUUACAUCAUAAAGUAGGUACACUGUGGACUGACAAAUCGUACAGUAGGUGCACUGUGGACUGACACAUCGUACAGUAGGUGCACUGUGGACUGACACAUCGUACAGUAGGUGCACUGUGGACUGCCACAUCGUACAGUAGGUGCACUGUGGACUGCCACAUCGUACAGUAGGUGCACUGUGGACUGACACAUCGUACAGUAGGUGCACUGUGGACUGCCACAUCGUACAGUGGUUGCACUGGGGACUGACACAUCGUACAGUAGGUGCACUGUGGACUGACACAUCGUACAGUAGAUGCACUGUGGACUGCCACAUCGUACAGUGGUUGCACUGGGGACUGCCACAUCGUACAGUAGGUGCACUGGGGCCUGACACAUCGUACAGUAGGUGCACUGUGGACUGACACAUCGUACAGUAGGUGCACUGUGGACUGCCACAUCGUACAGUGGUUGCACUGUGGACUGCCACAUCGUACAGUAGGUGCACUGGGGACUGACACAUCGUACAGUAGGUGCACUGUGGACUGACACAUCGUACAGUGGUUGCACUGGGGACUGCCACAUCGUACAGUAGGUGCACUGGGGACUGCCACAUCGUACAGUAGGUGCACUGGGGACUGACACAUCGUACAGUAGGUGCACUGGGGACUGACACAUCGUACAGUCGGUGCACUGGGGACUGACACAUCAUUGUUGUGGUAUGCUUGGCUACGGUAGCGCGGUUUUUGUUUGUCGGACUGCAAACAAAGGUUGAGAAGUUGGGGGCGUGGUCACAAGCCAAUAGUUCCAUAUGCCUAGCCUUUCAAAUCGUAUUCAAUUUGUUUGUACUCUUCAUUAACGUGCACCAGAGUGCACAUUGACGGAUUGGUAGGGUUGAUAGCGGUACAUUAAAUUAUUAUCAGAUAAAAUAGUGUACAGUCAAGGCAGGGAUAAUUGUCUGUGUCAUUCUGUGAGUGCUCCCAUGGGGCAAUGGAAGUGUCUGUAAGAUUUGGGCAGGAGAACAUGGCGUACAGUAAUAACCACAGCUGGAUUUCUAGAUGUGAAUACCAUCUUAUGAAUUUUGUAGAUGAAUGUGAAUACCAUCUUAUGAAUUUUGUAGAUGAUGUGAAUACCAUCUUAUGAAUUUUGUAGAUGAUGUGAAUACCAUCUUAUGAAUUUUGUAGAUGAUGUGAAUACCAUCUUAUCAGUUUUGUAGAACAAUUUAUUUAAUAAAGAUUCUCCACUCAGUCAUUAUCUUAUAAUUGCGGUUGUAGGCCUAUAUCUUAACAGCUCACAUCUUGACCAGUCCAGAUCCAGUGUUUCAUAGUUAUGUUGACCAGUCCAGAUCUAGUGUUUAACAUGUUCUUUCCAGAUCCAGUGUUUCAUAUGUUGUCCAGUCCAGAUCCAGUCUUACAGAUAUUGUUCUGACCAUAUCAUUUAUUAGCAGUGAUUAUUUCAGACAUUUUCCACCCCGGGGGGGGGGGGGGGGCCUUUCUUUUUUUUCGGGGGGGGGGCGGGGCCACGAGCCCGGUGGUUUUUUUGUUGGACAUUUUUUUGUUCGGGGGGGGGGGCCUUGGCUUUCCCCGGGGGGGGGGGCCCCCCCCCCCCCCCAGAUAUAGCUGAAAGAAACCUUGUUUAUUAGUCCUGACAUUUUGCUUUGUCCAGGUCUAGUUGGUUGACUCUUCAUUUUCUGUCCAUAUCUUGUUGACACAUUAAUUUUGGAAACUUUGACUAUAUUCAAAAACAUUUUUACAAUGCAUUUCUCUGUUCUAACGGUUCGUUUUUUUAUAUAUUUCAGUUUAAAAUUCUAACACAAUCUAGAAGCUACUAAUCAUUUCUACACUGACAUAAGUUGAAAUCACUAAUCAGAAACAGACCUAGCCAUUCAUAUUUUAGUGUUGGGGUCCAGCGCUCAUUAAUAAUGGUUCUCAAGUUUUUCGAUGUGGCCUCACUGGUAAUUAUUUCAUUUGAGCUUUACCAUUUGAUCGCCCAUGCAGUUAUUUUAUUUGGCUUCCGAGCCCUGCCACGGAAAGAUUUAGUUCGAAUCCGCCUGUACUUCUUGUUUGACGCAUUGACGGUCUUCAUCGCUUCAUUCGUCCUGACGGGGAGACUGAAGUGGCUGGCGGUGAUACAGAUCUUACAACACCUCUUUUAUUUUAUCACAUGGGAUAAAUCGUACAUGGCUAAAAAGGUAAAUAUGCUGAAAGUGUUGACUUAGGAGUUAAGGCCCCUGCCUAGCUCGUCACAAAAUAACAUGAAACUUUUUAUAGACCAUUUUAAUUAACUAUGGCAAAAUUUUGAAAGCGGAAAACCGUAAUAAAUAUUCAACCAAAUUUAUUCAAGAAUUAGGCUAUUUAAAAUCUUACGUAUCCGGAAAUUAGACUGAAAGAAAUUUCGUCGAUGGUAAAUUAAUCGACGGUAAUUUUACUGAACGGAAAUUUGGUCGAAUCUCUUUUUCAGUUUUUACGUUAAAGUUUUGAGUCAAAUUUCCUUUUGAACGCAUUAUUUUGUUUUACUAUAUAGUAUAGUGUGUUCAAAGGAAAUUUUACGAAAAUUUUAAAGUUUGAACUGAAAAAAAGUUUCGACCUAAUUUCCGUAAGCUUACAUGGGAUUUAGUUGUGAUGUAGGCCUACAUGGGAUUUAGUUGUGACGUAAGCCUACGUGGGGUUAAGUUGUGACGUUAAUUCACUAUCAAGUUUUUAUCUAAAGAAGAUUUUUCAACCCCCCCCCUCCCCAAAUGUUGGGGCGAGUCAACCCCCUCGCCCAUACACACGGACCUGUUGGCAUUAUCACUAUCUAUCUCCCUCGAUUUCAAGUCUCUCUCUCUCCAUCGUUCUGUCUUUCCUAGUCCUUAUCUCUUUCCAUUUCUCAGUCACUCUCUCACAACCUUUCUAGCCCGUCUAUAUCCUUCUCGUGUUCUCCCUGGCUCCUCCUCAUCUCUCCCACUCAUUAGCAGACAUAAAACUCGGUAAACAUAGUUCAAUGUAGUUGUUCCCCGGGUCUUAUGGGCCCCGCGCACUUAUAAGGAUGUGUUACCCACGCGCCAUUAGCCUACACAAGUAUUGACCAGGCCAAACAGUAAAAUAACAUGUUAUCGUCAUCCUAUGGUAUUAUGUUUUUAUACCUCCCAGUACGCAUGAGACCUGUUAAUUUAUUGUGUGAGACUCUAUCUGAUGGACCUAGAUUUGAUUAUUGUUUGCACUGCCCCGGUACAUCCAUGUAACAUGCAGCAAUUCAAUUUUUCUUUGAUGUACCCCCUUCACCCUACCCCCCCAUCCCGUCAGAUUCACGGUUUCCCUAACCGUGUGAUUAUCAUUUGGUUAUUUCAGUCAUUGCAUGGUGCAGUGAGUAGUGUGUUUCGGCUUUUUACUAGGAAAUACAACCCAACAGCAUUCAUGACAAUAAGAUAACAAGACCUAUUACAUUUAUCAAUAACUUUGAUUUUAUAUUUACAUUUAAAAUGGGAGAUUUUUUUUUUUAAAAAGCACCUACAUUGUGCGCAAGUGAAGAGACAGUGUAAUAAAUACUUACCGGUACGCCAUUUCAUCAGUGACCUGUUUUGUUUUACAACUACGUGGUGCCUAGACGCUCAGAUCAGGAAGUCAAUGUUGAUGACCAUAUGCUUUAGUGGGGUUUGAUUCUUUUUGUUUUUAUAGUUUUCGUGGGGGAGCGGGUGGGGGUGAGGGGUUUGUUAUUUGCUUGGGGAAGGGGAUAUUACGUUCAAUUUUUUAAUGGUUGCGUUCUUUAUGAAAACCUAAUAAUAUUAUGAGGUACUUUUACUAACAUAUCAAAAUCUCAAGAAGUACAACACCCACUUUGUUUUCAGAUCAUCGAUUGGAGUAGCCUUGAUUGGUUCGAAAGUUCGAAACCAAAGCAACCUCAGAUUGAUUCUGCACUAGGAACAUUCUUUGACAUUGCAGUCCACGCGGCCAUGAUCUACGUGGUGGGGGAGCAGAUGGACAUGACCAGCAUCCUGAUAGCUGUCAUCAUCGCCCAGGCGGCGCUCUACAGUGUCAUCUUCAACCCCAAGUUUGCGUGGAGCAGUCCCAACAGGAUGCCAGAUUGGGUGCAGAAACGAAUCGGGAAAUUAGCGCUGGAGCAGAACUGAGGUGACGCGUAACGUACGGGAAAUACUCGUCUUGGGUAUUUUAAUCAAACAUUUUUAAUCAAGAGCAAUUACUGUCCACGGCAACGGAAAGGGGAAGUAACUACUUUUUAAUCUGAGCAACAGUCUGUAGACUUGUGGAGUUAAUAUAUUUUACUUCAUAACGAUUUGAUUUGCUUAGUUAAAGGUGUUCCCUGUUUUUUCAUUUAUUUACUUUCAAUAUAUAGAGAGCUUCACAUUAUUUCUUUAUUUUACAACCUCUUAAUUUUUUAAUAUGUUAAAGACAGAAAUAUAAAUAUAGGACAUUUCUGGCUGAUUUAAUUCUCUAAUUAGAAACGCUACAAGAAGAAGUGAUAUCCUUAACAAUGUAUUAAUUUGUAUUCAAUUUUUUUAAAUCCAAGAUUCUGGCCAGAAAGACUACUCAGAAAUAAUAUUGAUUGCUUAUUUUACUUAUAAGAGAUAUUCAACCAAUUUAUGAAUGCAGUGAAUUUAGGGCUUUUGGCAUGCUCAACAUUAGGCACCCUAGGCAUACCAAUACAGAGGCUCAAAGCUUUGUAGAUUGAUAUCAGUGUGUAAAUAGAGUAAGUGUUGGCCCCUUAUACCAACAGGUAAUCUGGCCCUGAUUGACACAAUCCCUUUGUUAACAGGCAAGCUAUUGAUAACAUAUAAAUUGUGAUAUUUGCUUGUUUUUAGUACCGCUAACUUAAAUCUCUGCAGGUUAGUAAACAAUUUAAUACAAAAAAAAAGUGAUUGAGGAUUGCAACUUCAAUAAAAAAAAAAAUCUGGAGAGAAGUGGGACAAGUUCGAAAGAUGUAUCGAGUUGAUCAGGGGCAUCUAAAGAAGAGGAGGGGGG